GCAGAAAUCGUCGGGUCUUUAGGUGGCAUCUUCCACUUAUUUUCUUUGUCACAGGUGGGGAUGCUUGUAGUGGAUCAAGGGAAGGGCAUGUUCAAGUACUCAGACCACCCCCUCAACCGGAGUUUGGGGCUGUCUUUUGACUAUAACGGGACUCUCGACAUCGUCAUCGCCCCCGGCCAGAAAGGCAUCCUGCUCCUGUGGUUUGAGAAGAGCCUGUUGUUUUCCCAUAAUGCAGGUCAGCUCGUCGACACUGUCCGGGUGAAAAAAGGAGAACAGACCUUGUUUACUUCCAUUUUUGAAGCCCAGAUCACCAUCCACAACAUUGCUGUCAAUGAAAACGAACUGGCAGUUAUAACUCGGGAGGAUAAUUUGUAUUACGGCAAUCUGGGCAUCGUGCCAAGUUCCAUAAUCAAAUUUGCAGACCAACACGUCUGGUCGGAAGACGCAGUCCUGAUGUUCAGGAGCUCAGGGAUUCUGGAAAUACUGACCCCACUGCGUGACGCAGCCUUUGCAGCUUUUGAUUUCCAGAAGUGCCUCCUGAAUAUCCAGGCAAUUCUCAUGGACCCUGAACUUCACGUUGGAAGAUGCAAUAUAGAGUUUCUGAAAGGAGAAUUUACAUACAGGAUGUAUACCAUUGACAUGCACAGCCAGUUGGAACUGACUGCUUUGUUGAUACCCCAGCCAGGCACAUCCCUGAUUCCUCUGGUGAUGGUGAGCAACCCCCACUCCCUGGGGUUCCAGGCCACCUUCUACGAGAACGGUUACACGUCAGACGGGAACACCAAGUACAAACUGGAUAUUUACUUAAAACAGCAACAGCACUGGGGCAGGACGGACUUCAACUUCACUUCCAG